AUGUCCUGCCUAGCUAUCACCUUCGAUGGUCCGAAGAUCAAGAAUGGACGACGUCUUUUCGAAAGUUUCGUUCAGGCGAACAAGUACAGCUUCUGGAACAGGGAACUUGUGCAAGCAGCAGAGUCGCUGAUAUUUAUGGGAUUCAUGAAACCUUGCACAUUGUUUGUGUCUGCACCGGUCACCCAUCUUCAAGCUUUACGAACUGCAUGGGCUCGACGAGUACUGAAACCGGCUGAGGGUUACCAGAUUACUUCACUUGGUACGUACUUUCAUAUUUUCAUCCUAUUUUUCCAACUUUCUAAGAAGUUUAGUUGGAUCAAAACAUGCUGA